GGCAGGAGCUUGGACGAAAAAGUUUAGCGUGGUGAAGGGCGGCAAAGGGCGCGACCGAUACAACGUCAUGCUCGACGCUCAAUAACCUUCAGCCUCCGCACCUCCACGCAAAGCAUGUAGACGCAUAUGACCAUCCAACAGCACUUGCUCGAUCGCGCAUACGGCUUCGCACACAACGAUGUUCUCAAACGUGCGACGGCGACGAGUCUCGUCUACGCGUUGCAGCCGGCCGCCGUGACAUUCAGCCAGCGACUGCCCUCGGCAGACGACCCUCAUGCGCGCAUUCCAGCCCAUAUUGCAGGCGUGAAUGCCGUGACCAUCGAUAGAUUUGAAGGACGGUAUCUGUUGUCAGGCGGCGCAGACUCGUCGGUUGCGAUAUGGGACCUCGAGGCGCAGACGACCAGCACUGAGAGCGGAGAGACACAGCUGCCUCUCUCCGCUGUGAACAAGACGGCAAAAGAGCACAAGCUGGGGAUCACGCAGCUCGGCUUCUACCCCUUCGACUCGCUCGCGUUCCUCACGUCCUCGUACGACCACACAGUCAAGCUCUACUCGAGCGAGACGCUCCAGGCCUCCGCCUCGUUCGACCUGGGCGCCGUCGUCUACAACAUCGCCCUCUCGCCCAUCGCCUCGCACCUGCUCAUCGCCUGCGCCACCCAGGGCCCGAACGUGCGCCUCAUCGACCUGCGCUCCGGCGCCACCACCCACAGCCUGGCCGGGCACACGGGCGCCGUGCUCUCCACCGCCUGGAGCCCCGUCACCUCCCACCUCCUCGCGUCCGGCGCCACCGACGGCACAGUCCGCUUCUGGGACAUCCGCCGCAGCAUCGGCUCGCUGGGCACGCUCGACCUCGAAGACGCCACCGGCCGCGCGGGGCCCACGCACUCGUACGCGCCGCCGCGGGCACACGCGCAGGCGCACCGCGGCGCCGUCAACGGGCUCGUCUGGACCGAGGACGCGCGCCACCUCGUGUCCGCGGGGCACGACAACCGCAUUCGCGUGUGGGACAGCACCUCGUACGCCAACACGCUCGCCUCGUUCGGCCCCGCGGUGCGCAACGCGGGGCUCGCGCCGACGGUCCCCGUGCUGCCGCCGCGCCACCUGUUCGCCGCGCACGCCGACGCGCUGUUCUUCCCCAACCCGCACGAGGUGCUCGCGUUCGCGCUGUUCGACGGUGCGCUGAAGCGCCGCAUGCGGCGGCCCGAGCGGGCCCUGCGCGGUGGUGAGGCGGUGGCGGGCGGUGCUGCGGGCGCGAAGGACCGCAUCACUAGCCUGGCGUGGCGCGCGCACGCGGUGGAGAUGUAUGCGGGGCACGCGGACGGGAGCGUGAGCGCGUGGACGCCGCGCACGGAGGGGGAUGUGGCGGCGGACGAGGAGGAGAGGGACGAUGAGGCGCAGCGGGACGAGGGGCGGAAGCGGAAGCGCGGGGCGCUGGACGAGAUAUACGCGGGGUUGACGGGGAGGACUGUGACGUUUGGGGGGGUGACGUGACAUUGGG